GACCACGACAGCCAACGACCGCACGAACGACAUGAAUGAACCCAAAAAAUCCGACCCUACAACUCAAGUAGUCCAUGAGCAAGCUACCGCAACAAACAUAUCUUACUCUCAACCCUCAGUUGAACCCGUGGCAGAAAUAAUCUCAGCAGCACAGCGCGGGGAUCUCAAUGCCAUCCGUGAGCUCAUAGAAUCAGGAAAAUGCAAGGUUACAGACAGAGAUGACCAGAACGUGUAAGCUUAACGCACCUCUGCUUUUGCCACACUCAUGGAUGGCCGCAGCACACCUCUUCACUGGGCAGCGA